GACGAUCCCCCUUGGCCCUGGGGUCGGCCGGUCCCAUUCUCAGCCCCGGUGGAUGGAAGCAUGGCAGCAUGAUGGGUGGUUUUGGUAUCGUGCUGUUGUUUGCUGGUUGGUUAUGUAUGUAUUUUUGGCUAGCAUGCUCCGCCUCACGCUGAAACGCCCCCCGAGCAAAAAGCACUCGUGCGCCCACUGUCUGGGUUCAAGAACCUUUGGUCGCCUCCAUCAUCUUUCCACCACUUUCACACACACGUACACACACCCACUUCCAUCCAUCUAUCCAUCCAUCUUCCCAUUCCACCCCAUCCACAUCAACGUCCAACAUCAAACCUCCCCAGGACGCACCAAGCGAGCGAGCGAGAUCGAUCGCAUUGGCACAGCCACAACGGCGGAUUAACCGGAAUACCACUUGGGAGCUGACGCGGCUUUCUCGACGCCUAGCCCACAUCCGGCCACCACCACCACUCUCCCCAUACUAACACCUCGCAACACCCACCACCCGUCCAUCCCAUCCCAUCCAAGCCUGAGGUACCCCCUCGUUUGAUCGUCUUGUUUUUUCCCCAUCGCACAUCUCUCCCAAUGGCGACAGCCGUCCAGUCUCAGUUGACGAUGCCGCCUGCGUUUACGAACCAGUGUGUGGAUCCCGACACCGAUUCCUUCUUCGACUUCAGCCAACUUCCCUCGCCAUCGCCUUCCACGGCCGUGUCGCAACAAUCCUCCGCUGUUUCCACAAACAUCACCAGCCCGGCCACCAAUCUUCUCGACGGCGAGGACCACCAGACUCCCGCCAAACCCAGCCAUGAGUACGGCCGCUUCAAGCAGCAGACCGGCCUUCCUUCGGGCUCUAUUUCAGGCAUCGGCCAAUCUUACAACCCGGCCUUCUCCAUGUACUCGUCCACUGGUCUGGAUGAGAUGAGCCUGAUGAAUGAUUCUCCCAUGAUGACCGGCUGGAACACGGGCAUCACCAUGGAUAUGGACCUCAUGUCGCAACCCUCCUACGUGUUCCCUUCCACCGAUCCCAUGCAGUCCCAGGCUUCAGACUUUGUCGACCCCACCGCCAUCACGCAAGAGGAGGUGCAAAACGUAAGGGUGUGGCCGGGCAUGCAUCAACAGCAGGCGGCUCAGGCUGCACAGGCAAGGGCUCAGGCACAGCAGCAGCGACAGCAGCAACUGCGACAGAGGCAACAGCAGCAGCAAGCCUCCCAACACAGUCGCCAGCAAUCCACCAAAAACAGCGCAAGCCCCCUUAGUGAUGCCAGGACUGAGGAGACCAUUGCUCGCGUCGUCAACCAGAUACGCCAACAAAGCCAGAACAGUGCCAUGGCCGCAGCAGAUGCCCAGCCAAACGUCCUCCCUCAUGUCAUCAGGGCUAAGAAAGAGGAGGAUGACAUGGAUGAAGACGAGAGACUCCUUGCUUCGGAGCAGGGCAAGAAAUUGAGCUCAAAGGAACGCCGUCAGCUUCGCAACAAGGUCUCUGCUCGUGCAUUCCGCUCGAGAAGAAAAGAAUACAUUGGUCAGCUUGAGGGCGAGGUUGCUGUGAAGACGAACGAGGCCAACGACCUUCGCACCCAAAACAUGGCUUUGAUGGAAGAGAACGCUCGUUCAAGGGCUCUCAUCGAACGCCUUCUUCGCCACCCUGCAUUCACUCCCUUCCUUGAGGACCUUUCCCACGACGAAAGCCUUCAACCGAAACCGGCCAUGUCUUCCAUGUCUUCCGCUUCAACUACCCCUACUCCAGCUCCCGUGCGCGAGGAGUCAAACCUCUACCAGAACCUUCAGCAGUCCGGCAGCAUGACUUCGCAGCCCGAGACUCAGCAAAUUGGAAUGACUCUGGUCCCUGAAACUUCCAUUGAUAUUUCUAUGCUGAACAUCGGCUCCAACACAUUUGGCAUGGAGAAUGUUGGCUUCAACUACCAGCAACCCCAGGUUUUCGCCGUACUAGAACUUCCCGAAGGUCCAGUGAAUCCCAUCGAUAGCAACGUUCUUUCAGGCAAAGGAUUCAGCUCCAUUUUCUCGGCGGAAGAAGACAGCCCGGUCGAAGAAGUUAAACCCGAUUUCCCUGUCAUCGAGCGACCCGUCGAGUCAACAUCAGCUCUUGAGGCUACCGAUGAUGAAGAACAAGACCCGGAUCUCGAUCUUUACUAUUCUUCCCCAGCUCCUUCUGCUCCUACCACCGUCGCUGCUCCCUUCGAGAACCCCGAGUCACUGUUCGGUGAUGCCAAUCCCGAAAAGGUCUUUGCUCACUUUGAGCUCUUCAUCUCCGACGAUGCUGCCGACGAACGUCUGAUGGCCCGCUUCGAACGACAAUGUGCGCGUAUGAACACCAUCUGUGACAGAAUAGCCACUUUGACCUCGCAUCUUGACUCAUGAGCUCUUCUCACAUGUUCAUCUUGUUACUUCAAGGCGCUGAUUUCGUGAUCACAUUCCCUGUCUGAAUAGCGAUGUAACGCAAGCCCACUGCUCGGGGGUCUAUUACAAGAGCCUUCAUUUUGUUCUUGGUUGUCCUCUUUCUGGGUAUUCCCAAUGCUCUUUCAAAAGGUAUUCGAGAGUGCACCUUUUCUUUUUCUGCAAACACAAUCUCCUUCCAGAUUGGUCUACACGACUUACGAUUUCUUUUGUAUUAUUUGGGCCCAACCGUGGCUUCAUUUCUGGUGGGUGGGGAUCUAGGCGUUUGUAUAUAUCGGGGUGGCAAUCAAUAGUGGACACACCACAAUAUUUCUUUGUACAUUUGCUUAUCAUUCUUGCAACGGCAAUCUUGCUGUGGGCUAGCCACUUCUUUGGGUUGGGGCUGUGAAGGGAUGGAAGGAAGUCCCCCUAUAUGUAGAAUGCCAAAUUGGACAGAUAUUCCCUCGUAAAUCUUCUCGACAUGCCAUAACGUGCUUGCGGUGCCGGGACUAUGUGUUGCUUAAUUUCUAUAGUUCUCGCAUAAGUGAACAGCUCCUAUGUUCGAUACAGGUGAGCUGAUGAUGACAGAGGUGUAUAUAGAAGCUCUCGACAAAAUCCUGUAUGAUGCUCCAGUAGUAUGUAGGUGAACAAGUGGAAACUGGGCCCAAUAGUGUUGAACGAAGAACAUAUGACAGUGUCGAUAGGCACAGUGUUCAUGAUCUAUCUCUUCUUUGGGUCGCGCCCACGAAUGUCUCAGCAGUCAGCCGCGACUUGCCAUAUCGCGAAUCGCAGGUGAUUGUCAAAGCAUCAAUACUGUGUUUCUGAAUUGCCAUCCGCGCUUGGUAUGUUGAGUAUUCGAUAUACUGCAUGUGUCCUCUUGCAGAUCUAAUCGCCAUGCUCUCCCUUCGUACUCACUUAUUGUGACUUUCUCACUACGCACAGAAGCUAAAGGCAACAAACCCAAGCCCGAACCUCG